AAUAAUUUGUACGGAGGCAGUAAUACCUAUAUUCUUAUACAUAUAUAAGAUAUAUACAUAAUAUAUAUUCUUGGCUAAAAACACGCUUACUCAAAUAAGCAGAGAGACAACUAUAGAAGCAUGGGCAAUGCAAGGGCGAAGACGCUUUGUAUCCUGGCUAUGGUUGUGAUUAUCGGUCUGUUUUUUACGGUCUUCAGGAGGAAUGACCGCAAAGCCGCAGUUACGGCAGAUUCAGAGAUAUGCUCCAUGGUCGGCAGAGACAUCUUGCAAGAAGGAGGUUCGGCAGUAGAUGGCGCCAUUGCAGCCCUUCUUUGCACCUCUGUUGUGAAUCCGCACAGUGCUGGCUUUGGAGGGGGUGCCAUAUUCACUGUGAUGGAGGAAACUGGCAACGUCAAGAUCAUUAAUUCCAGGGAGACGGUGCCGGUACUGUUUAGACCGGACCUGUUAAAGUACUGCUCAAAUCAAGAAAAAGGCAGCCGGUGGAUAGGCGUUCCCGGACAGAUUCGUGGGCUGGAGCAGGCUCACAAUUUGUUCGGGAAGCUGCCAUGGGCCAAGCUCUUUCAACCCGCCGUCAGAAUGGCCCGGGAGGGGGUGCCUGUGUCCGCUGACCUUGACAGGAUACUUCGCCGGAAAGUUGCUGGAGGGUCACAGUUUUGUGACAUUCUCUGCUAUGGGAACAAGACAGUCUUUCGGCAAGGAGCCGUCAUGAGGUUUCCAAAGCUGGCAGAAACCUUUGAGAUCAUAGCAAAUUAUGGGGCCAAUGCUUUCUACACGGGCAGAAUCGCGCGUGACUUGAUCCAGGAGAUAAAAGAAGCAGGUGGAACUUUAGCAAUGGAAGAUCUGAGGUCCUUUCAGGCCAAAGUAGCAGAUGCAUGGACUGUUCCAAUAGGAGAGUUUAUCAUGCACAUCCCACCACCACCAGCAGGGGGAGGUAUUCUUAGCCUCAUUCUUAACAUCAUGAAAGGGUACAAACUCAGCCCUUCCUCCCUUGAGGGUGACCAAAAAGCUCUAACCUACCACCGCUACAUCGAGGCCCUCAAAUUCGCAAACGCUCAGUGGAAGAAGACUGGUGACCUAGACUUUGAUCCUACAGAAGAACUUCCAUUGAUAAGUGACGAGUUUGCAGACAGAGUCCGGACCGUGAUCAGCGACGCAAUGGCCGAAGGUCUCCAAGACGACAACAUCACCCUCACAUUGGACCCUUUUGGUACCACCCAUGUGUCAGUGCUGGCUCCUGAUGGCACUGCAGCAUCGGUCACCAGCACCACCAACCAACACGUUACCUCGAUUGCAUAUUCGCAGAAAACAGGGGUGACCCUUAACAGUGAACUGGCAGGUUUCUGUUGGAAAAAGAAUCGCAUUCUUUCCGGGGAAGAGCCUCCAUCCUUAAUUGCCCCAUUGAUAGUCUAUUCAAAGUCCCAGAAGAAGACGUUAGUUAUUGGAGCAUCAGGGGGCACCAUGAUCACCACAAGACUGGCCAUGGCAAUGAUGAACCACCUCUGGUUUGAAAAGAACCUCAACGAUUCAAUUUCGUCUCCUGUGCUGAUCCUGAAUCAGAAUGGCACAGUACUUUACGAGCAGGGGUUUGAUGAGUCUGUUGUCAAGAAGCUGAAAAUGUUUGGACACGACAUGCAGGAAACGGAAAGAGUGUAUAACGCAGUCAAUGCCGUGUUGAAGGAGGGAUCUUACAUUUCUGCCGUGUCGGAUGCCAGGAUGGGUGGCAAAGCGGCUGGAUUCUGAACUAAAUGUGGCAGCUGAAUGAAAGUUCACCACUAUCAUGCCAGUUAAUAUUCACUGCUUUUAAAUCAUCUAGUUACAUUAAACGUUUUGUCACAAUCCAUUUAUGUCAUGUUCCCAUUUGGCCAGCAGAGGUCUCUACCGUUCCGUCUCUUCCCCUUCUUGUUCCUGAUCACCCUCACCUGUUUCCUGUUGCCUGUAAUACACAGUGUUUGGCUCGUAAUCAACCUGUCCAUCGCCAAGUCUUUAUUAUCCAUGUAUAUACAGCAGUGGGUAAAAAUUAAGAGGCCACUCUAUAUUUUUAAACAAAUCUGCAUUUUAAAAUCCUGGUUUAAUCCUGGUUUUGCUGGCAGAAGGCUAUGCUGAGCAGCAGGUUGGUUCCAGGUUCGAAAUUUCUAAGACAGCAGAACGCAAGAAUAAGGUGAAGCAGGAGACACUGGGAAUGACCAAAAACCAGCCAGGUAAAGGGCGGAAGUGAUAUUCUAAUGCCAUAGAUGACUGUUAUAAAUUAUAGGAUGACAUCAAUUGUCCUUCAGAAGGAAUGGGAAACAUUACGUGCAUGUGUGAAGUGCACUGUUGGGACAGCUCACAUCAGGCUCCUAGAAGCAGGACUAAGGUCCCAUAAAGCAAGGAAGAAGCCCUUCAUUGAUGAGAAACAGAGAACCAGACUGCAGUUUGCAAAAAAAUAUAUACUGUAUGUACUUAUAUUCACGGACGCGCACCCAUAAAUUGAGUCAUGAGUGAAACAAAAAAUUGUGCUGUGGUCUUUUAAUUUUUUCCAGUUGUAAUGCACCCGGCUCUGUUCUUUUCCUUUGUUGGUCAUUGUUGGCACAGUAUGUUAGUCUCCUGCUUGAUCCUCAACGUGUUAGUGCGGCAUGUUAGUCUCUUGCUUGAUCUCUCACAGUAUUAGUACCGUUGCCCCUGCCUGUAUUUACUCUGUUUCUCUAUGUCUACUCCCAACCCUUGUUAGUUCUUGUUUCACCCUCCUGCUUUUGUUAUGGUCCCUCGUGCUCCUUUGGUUACUUGUGUUAGUUGUAUUUAAUCUCCUAAUAUUUAUAUUUAAUUUCUAUAAGCUGCCCUAUGGAUCAUCCCUCCUUCCCUACAUUCUUGUGUAACACUCUUAGCUUUCAUUAGCAGAAGUAACGCUGAAGAUUUGCACUAAUGUUUUUAAUUGCACAGAUCUGACUGUGGGUAUUGCUGUUUAUAAAAGCUGUAAAAUAACCGGAUAUGUAACAGGGGCAUGGGUAACCCUGGCUAAUUCAGUGGCCCGGCUAGUGUUGGUGCCAGAGAGAGGCACCAAAUGGAAGCCUGUGCCCCACCCUCCCAAUAAAAAAUAACUGCUGCUUGCCAAGAACUUGUACCCCAGGACGACAACUUUUCCCCUCCGCCCGCAAUGUCACCCUGGUAGUGCCGCUGCUCCUUGCACGUGCCCCCAGUGAAAAAUUUACAGGGGCCAUUGAUUAGAUAAAAUUAUCGUCACCUGUCUGUGUUAUGUAAUGACCGACCCCCCAGUCCCUGACAGUCAAUUUUGGGGUCUCAUUUGCAACCAUAAACAGUUGAAAAUACAGACUGAAAAAGCACGCCUAAAAAUAACAAAUUUAAGAUAUUUUAGAGGAUGGAUGGAUGACUCUCUGUUUCCAUACACAAAUACCUUCACCCAUAGACAUUGUGUUAAAGAUGUGUGGGCCUAUUUUCAAAUAAAAUGUAUUUAUUUUAUAAGAUCGGAUUUUUUUAUGUUUUGGAUGUCAUAUUAAAAGCUUUGUCCCUUCUGUUCUUUCCAUUGUCAACUUGCAUAAAAUAUUAUGAUGCCGGUCAGCAGAGACAUAAUUAUUUUCAAAUGUGUUGGAAAUAGUAAGUGUUGUAACCUGAUGUAAUUGCUUGUAAUGUGAUGUUUUACUGUGCUGUGUGUGUGUUUCAUGUUAACAUUUACCCUGAGGGUGAGUGUUGUGUGAAUUGUCGGCUUCUCUGUUUGUGUUUCUGCUGCUUCUCUUGGGUAGUAGGCUAGCUAGAAAGUGAAACCACAAAAAGAGUGUGUCUGUCCUCUUUAAAGUAUGGCUCAGAAAUCCACGGUCUGUUACAACAUUAAAAUAACAGCUGGGUAUUAUAAACUGGAAGUUAUACAUUCUUUCAAAAUUUUUUGUAGGCCAACAUUUGUGGUGCACAAAUAAGUCUAAAAUAUUUAAAGCUAUAAAGGGUUUUCUAUCCCUGGUCCACCAGCAAUAUUUCAUUAUAUUCAAUUUUUCAAUAUUUUAUUAUUGCUGGUUCUCAAACACAUAAAACCCAACAUAUGCUGGUAUAACCAUAAGCAUUAUGCUGGUCACACUGUGUCACGCCCAGCUCCGUACGGUCCUCGUGUGUGCCACGCCCCCCUCAUUACCUCGUGUGAAUCCCCGAUUGUGAUCACCUGUUGCCUGUUAUGUUCAACCUGUCUUGUGCAUUUAGUCCGUGUCUCAGUUAGUUUCCCCAGAUCCGUCAUUGUAGUAUCCUUAGAUGUCCCUACCUGUCUGUCCUUUGCUCAUUAAAACCCCUGAUUA